UGGUGGCCCACACCUGUAAUCUUGGGAGGCCGAGGCAUCAGGGUCACAAGUUCAAGCCCAGGCCAAGGAAUUGGGCCACUUAGUGAGAUCCAAGUCUCAAAAAAAGAAAAGGAGCUGAAUAUCCAGUGCAAAGGCCCUGAGUUUAAUCCCUAGUACCCCCUCUACAGAAGAGAAAAAGAAUUGUACUCUCUCACUUCUCCAAAAAUUACCCACAUCAAAGUCGGCAUCCGGUCAUAUUUUAUAUAAUUUAGCCUUGAUAAGGACUAAUUUGAAGACCACCAUCAGAGCCUUCAACCUCUCCCCACUCUGCCUCUGCUCUUGUCACUGACCCUGGACUCCAUACUGGGAGCCUUUACAGCUUGAACCAUUUGUCUGCUCCACGGAGAUCACAGCCAGCCAUGAAGGACUGUCUCAUCUUCGUUUUCAUGAGUGCCGCUGGUAUUGCUCUGGAAAAUUCUCCUGAAAAGAUGAAAACACUAGAAGACUUCACCAUUCCUUAUCUGGUCUAUCUGGAGGCCAGCCCAGAGGCCUGUGUGGGAUCGCUCAUUCACCCCAAUAAGAAAAUCCGCCUGGGAGGUUAUCAACCAAACAUCAAAAAUGAGAAUGAGCAGUUGCAGAAUUACUCAUUGACUGUGACUCACCCUGAAUUUGAUGGAAAAUCCCUGAAAAAUGACCUUAUGUUGAUAAAACUCUCCAAGAAUGCUGCUGUUGGCCUCCAUGUGGGAACUAUAGCCAUAGCUAUUGAACCUUUAUCAUUUAAUGACUCCUGCUUUAUCCCAACCUGGACCUGGAAUAACUAUAAAAAUCUCACUGACCCUGAUAACCUGAUGUGGAUAAACCAAUAUACCCUUCCCUCCCAAAUGUGCCUGAAUAUGCUCCAGAAACAAGAACAAAGAACCUCAGUGAACAUCAUGUGUGUAGGACAACCUCUAAUUGUCCUAUCUAACAUUAAGGAAGUUUCAGCAUCUCCAGCCAUCUGCAGUGGGCGAGUGUAUGGAAUCUUGUCCUGGACCAAAGGAGUUAUCACCCUGGGAAGUGAAGGAUUCUUCACAGAGGUUCAUCCUUACACAAGGUGGAUCAUGGAAAUCAUGAGUACCCACUGAGGUGCCCUUUCAGUGUCAUGUCUGCAUGAUUUCUACACUGGAUCCACAACUCUCUUCAUCUUACUUACUCUUCAUCAAAAUUCAAGGUGAAAACAUUCAAUAAAAAAGACACCCCACA